GUAGGUCCUAUUUCAGGAAUAAAAACAUGAAAGUACUAUUUUGGUAUAUCUUCCAUGUUUUAGUCAUACUUUGGUCUUUCUCCCAUAUUAAUUUUGGGUGAGAGAACAUAUUUUCGUGUCAACAAUUUGAUUACCUAUCCAAAUGCGGAGUACUUUAAAUUAAAGGCAAUAAUUUAAAAACUCUAAAAUAGCUUCUUGCCAUUGCUCCUGAAAUUGACAUGGCCGGUCGGAAGUUGGUCGGCGGUAGCGGCAGUGCAAUUGCCGAGCUGCCACUGAGUCCGUCGACGGCGACGCCGGCGGCGAUCGUUUCCGAAGACACGGUAUACGUCGCGGUGGGGAGGGAUGUGAAAGAGAGUGAAUAUACUAUGGCUUGGGCUCUGCACAACUCUGGAGGUAGAAGACUUUGCGUUCUUCAUGUACACACUCCAAUGGGUAAUAAAUCUGGGAUUGACCUGGAAGGAUAUCAAGUUAGAUCAUAUCAAGAAAAAGAGAGGCAAGACAUUAUCAAGAUUUUAGACAAAUAUCUUCUCAUUUGUAGCCGAGCAGGGGCUCAGGCAGACAUGCUUCUCGUUGAGAUGGACUCUGUAAUGAACGGCAUAGUGGAUCUCGUUUCUAAGCAUGGUAUCAGGAAGCUUGUUAUGGGAGCAGCUGCCAACAAGUGUUACUCAAAGUAAAAACAGUAAAGAAUUGCUUCCCAUAAUCUUCCCGAAUCCCGAUGCAAUGUAAAAAUCAAAUAAUACUCAGAAAGAGCAUCCCAUUUUGCCAAUUCUCUUAGUUAUAAAUACCUUGUUCCUUAAAUCGACCUUACAAGCUCCAUCCCAACAAAUAAAAGGAGAAUGGCAGAGAUCAAGUCUAACACAGCUAUAUAUGUGUGUGAACAAGCGCCACCGUUCUGUCAGAUCUGGUUUCUUUGCAAAGGGAAUCUUAUUUAUACAAGAGAAAGUAGACCAGUGAGAGUUAAUGCAGAGGUUGUAUCUCCACCACUUGGGACAAGUUCUGAUGUAGAUAGUGUACAUCAGAGCUUUCUAACUCCUCCAAGGAAAAAUUUUACAGAAGGGCCCAAUAAUCAAGUAGAUGUUACAAGAUCUUUUCCAGAAUUUCAGGGAGUACAAUCAUAUAGCAUCAUCAAAAAACAUUCUGAAUAUCCUAGCACAACUAGCACAGGUCGGAUGUUUUUACCUAGCAGUUCAAAUGUACUAGGAAGGUCUGAUUUUUGGGAUGGGGUGGCAUCACUUUUUCCAUCAUCUUCACAUGGAGAUAUAUGCGAGGUUUCAUCUCCAGCAUCUAUAACCAGGUGCAAAGGAGGGGGGGACACUUCACCGACCACUGCAGUAAGCUCCUUAUUCCUUACUCCCUCCGUCCAUAAAUAAACUUCCCACUUUCCUUUUUCAUCCGUCCACAAAUAAACUUCCCGUUUCCUU